AUGCCCCCAACGAGUGAUCCAUUGAAGUUGUUUAUGGAAGAUAUUGAAAAAACUCAAACACUUUCGGGUAAAUACGCCAAGAUCCAAACGUAUAUUGUUUCUCUCAAGGAGGAGAAGAGUAAGAUCAAUGAUCUCGUUCCUAUCUCCAAACAAUUCUUGGAUCAUGCUAUCAAGACUCUUGAGGAGGAACAUCAUUUUGUUUCAGAAAAAAUAAAGAAUAUACUGAAUCAAACAGGAAUUAUCGAUGUUGACGUGUUGCCGGAAGAGAUGAUAAGAGUCUUUCAGAACCCAAGCCUCAACCAAAAUAACACUAUGUCACAAGCAAAUAACACUGUGCCACAAGCACCACAGGUACCGAUGCAAAAUCAACAAGGGUUUGGUUCAAUAAGUUUAGGGCAACAAGGGUUUGGUUCAAUAAGUUUAGGGCAACAAGGGUUUGGAUUUCAGCAGAGAAUGCCAAUGGUGCAUCCUCUAGGUAUGCAACACCAACAAGGAUUCCAACAACAACAACAAAUUAUCCUAAGCCAAUUGCAACAACCACAAAAGUUGAAACAAAACCCAUUGCAACAACAACAAGGAUUAAUUGUAUCACAAAUGAUGAAACCAAGUCAAGUAUUCAGUCCACAAGAUGUGGAGAAACGUCCUUUGUAG